AUGCUUGGGAGGGCUUGUCAAAAGCCUCAAAUCGGUAAGAUGAAGAGCCUCAUCGUCUUUGUUGCGGCCACUGGCUGCUCAGCCUGGAGCUACACACCAAAUACGACAUACUCCGCCUCGAUAUCGGUAAAUGCACUUCAAAAGUACCAGACAAUGAUCGGCGGCGGCUGUUCUGGAGCAUUUGGCAUUGCAUGUCAACAAUUUGGCUCAGCCGGCUUGUCUGUGGCCAAGCAGGACAUUGUUACUCAGACGCUUUUCGACGAGAACAUUGGUGGUUUGUCCAUCGUUCGUAACGAUAUCGGGUCGACUCCGAGCUAUGUUGCUGGCGACGUCGCGUCCAUCCUACCCAUCUGCCCGGCCACUCCAGCUGGGCCUUUCAAUUAUGUUUGGGACGGCAACGAUACAUGCCAGCUGCAGCUCACCCAGACCGCGUUUAAGUACAACCCGAAUAUCUAUGUAUAUGCUGAUGCAUGGUCUGCGCCGGGUUGUAUGAAGUCUGUUGGCACCGAAGAUAAUGGCGGCUUCAUUUGCGGUGUUAGGGGCGCCACCAACUGCUCUGCUGACUGGCGACAAGCUUAUGCGGACUAUCUGGUGCAAUACGUGAAGUUCUAUGAACAGGAAGGCAUCGAAGUAUCUCUGCUUGGUGCCUAUAACGAACCGGACUUCAAUCCGGUGACCUAUGCAAGCAUGGAGUCGGACGGCUACCAAGCGAAGGACUUCCUGGAAGUACUGUAUCCCACGGCGAAAGCUGCAUUUCCCAAUAUCAGCGUCGCGUGCUGUGAUGCCACCGGUGCUAGACAGGAACGAAACAUUCUGUACGAGCUGGAACAAGCAGGCGGCUCCGACCUGUUUGACGUUGCAACGUGGCACAACUAUCAGAGCAAUCCCGAACGACCCUUCAACUCAAAUGGCAAGCCGAAUAUGAUGACUGAAUGGGCCGAUGGGACUGGCAAGUGGAAUGCCUAUUGGGAUGUGACCGGUCAACUUGCCGAGGGCUUUCAAUGGGCUUUGUACAUGCACAACGCCUUCGUAAACUCCGAAACCUCUGGCUACACUCACUGGUGGUGCGCACAGAACACCACGGGGGACAACGCUUUGAUAAGACUCGAGUACGACAACUACUAUGUCUCCGCUCGCUUGUGGGCUUUUGCGUCUUAUUUCCGCUUUGCUCGACCCGGAGCCGUCCGCAUUGAGGCGUCUAGCAGUGCCGAGAAUUUGUAUGUUAGCGCAUACAUCAACACGAACGGCACCAUCGCCAUUCCCGUGAUCAAUGAGGCGCACUUCCCGUACGAAUUGUCGAUCGACCUGACUGGGAUCAAUGCAACGAUGGCAACAGCGUAUCUGACAAACAACGAGCACAAUGUUACGAUGACCGGACAGACGCAGAUUGGUAGGACUUUCAUGGCUACUAUCGAGCCACGGGCAAUGAAGACUUUCUUCUUGUCGUGA